CCCUGGACACGUCAGGGGAUUGUGUUCUUUCGUUUCAACAUAUCUCCAGCUCCACCAUAAUCCUCUUGUGUUGAUCAUUGAACAGUGAAGGUUCUCUUCGAGUGUCUGUUAUUUUUUUAUCACAAAAUAUGUCUGGAAAAUCCAAAGCCUUCACCAAGGAGGAGGAGCUCCUCCUCCAGGACUUCUCCAGGAACGUGUCGACCAAGUCUUCAGCAUUAUUUUAUGGAAAUGCUCUCAUCGUUGCAGCGAUUCCUAUCUGGCUUUUCUGGAGGAUUCACCUCAUCGAUCUGUACUCCAAUCUCAUUUCCUUCGUAAUUGUAACGCUCGUCAGCACUUACGCCCUUGCGUUAGCGUACAAAAAUACGAAAUUCGUCCUGAAGCACAAGAUCGCAGUGAAGAGGGAAGAUGCAGUGACGAGGGAGAUGUCCCGAAAGCUCGCUGAAGAUAAAAAAAUGAGUAAAAAGGAAAAGGACGAGAGGAUCCUCUGGAAGAAAAACGAAGUUGCUGACUACGAGGCGACGACUUUCUCCAUCUUCUAUAAUAAUGCCCUUUUCCUGGCAAUCGUCAUCUUCGCGUCGUUUUAUCUUCUGAAAAGCUUCACACCAGCUAUUAAUUAUAUUUUCUCAGUUGGUGCCACCAGUGCGGUCCUCGCUCUUCUCUCCACAGGAUCCCAGUGAACUUUUGCAUUUAUCGAAUUCAUGUAGGGUAUUCCAUUAUAAAUUUUUCUUUUAUACCUGUGUAAAUUAAUGCCCAAUAAAAAUUUAUUUAUAA